AUGUCACUUAAAGUUAGUAUCAUAUUUAAUACAUUUCUAACUUUUUAUUUAAUAUCAUGUGAUGAUGUUCAACGAGAAUUCAUUCAACCUAUUGAAUAUUUAACAAAUAUAUGCACAGAAUUAGCGAAUGGAGAUAAAAGUUCAAUUCUAUCAUUAAAAUUCACUAUUGAGUUUUAUACAGAGUUUAUGAAAGAUUUUCAUUCAUCUUCGAAAUCUGAUAACGAACAAUUUUUACUUUUAAUUAAUUAUUUAAUUGAAAAUAGAAAUACAAUAGUAUAUUAA